GCGUUGCCUCUCGGCCCUCAGCCACUCGCUCCUUGCUGCAGAGGCCGCGGCCCGGCAGGACCUGCCGUUCCCAAAGCCAAAACGUCCUCCCGCCCUGAGCUCCAGCCACUUUCUGGGUGGGGUCGGCCCGUUCCGCACCCCACGAUGCGGGGCCGGUGCCGGCGGCUGCCCGGGGAGGCCCCGGCCUCGCGGCCCGCGGAGGCGCUGGCCCUUUAAGGAGGGGCGGCGCUGGGCCCCGAGGCCGCAGCGGCAGCACGGGAAACCGGGAAGUGGUCGCCCACCCGCCGCCACGCGUGGGUCGUGGUCGCCGGCGGCUCUGGUGGGUGCCGCGCAGCUCGGGUGGGCAGAAAUCAGCGGUUCUGCGCCGCGGCCUGUACGCGGCUGCGGCUGAGGCGGGCUGCGGCCUUUCCCGCCGCUUCCUGCCCCCCGGGAAAGGGGCUGGGCCCAGGCCCUUGUGGCAGCCAGGCCCCGGUGUGAGGGCUCCCCGGGAGCGGCUGCCGCUAAUAGCGAAUAUUAUUAAAAACAAAAGGAGCGACCCUAUAACCUCCCUUCAGCGUGUCUGGGAUCUGAAGAAGGCUUUUCUGUUCUGCUUACCAGCCGGGAUCCCUCUCUGGCGACAGCCCGCCUCAGGACAGGACCCGGAGCGGCUCGUGUGUGGCCGCGGAGGCAGAGCACAGCGAGUCGGCGAAGCCUUGCUGCAGAGGUAGCUUAAAGAUGGAUGCUCCCAAAGAAGUUCAGCCUACAGGAGAGUUCACAUGUCAGCUGUGUGAUUUAACAGCUCCAUACACAUACUAUGGGCAGAAGCCACCAAACACACGCUCUAUUGUGCUUUUGGAAGAAAGCUAUGUCAUGAAGGAUCCUUUCACUCCUGACAAGGACAAAUUCCUCAUCCUUGGGUCUCAUUGCAGUUUGUGUAGCAGACCAGUGUGUGUUGGUACAGAAUGUAGUCUGUUCUACUCCAAAAGGUUCUGCCUCCCCUGUGUGAAUGAAAACCUAAAGGCCUUUCCUUUGGAAAUACAAGAAGAUAUGGAUAAAAGAAAGCCCCAACAAAAAUCCUUCCCCUGUAAAAAAACGGAUACAAGAACAUAAAUACUGAAGGACCGGGGGGGACAGUUCUUUGGCUGGGGCUUCCGCUUUCUCUUUUUGGAGACUAUCAUGCUGCUCCUUUUAAAGGAGUGACCUUCAUCAGCUCACUACUACGGAACACAGUGACACAUUUCCUUACAAUUGGCUUGGCUUCAGACAUCAUCACACAGCGAUUGCAGUGCCAGCAGUAUGGCCUUAAGGUGUUGAAGAGCCAGAAGGAAAGACAGACAAGCCUGUUGUCACCACACAAAAGGCAUGCAGUAAAAAACUGAACAGCGUAUAGCACAGGAACCAUGUCCAGAUUUUCACAUUUGUUAUUUUCAUGUUUUGUGUUGUUCUUGACGCUCCUACAGUGUUAUGAAAAGGCGAGACAGAUUUUUCUGACUUAAUUCAGUAUACAACCAAGAAAGUCAGUAUAAACCAAUUGUUAACCUGACAGUGCUAUCCUGAUAAGGUUAUAGUAGGCAAGAAAUUCAAAGCUUUAAAGUCUAAAGUAAAACUGUUAUGAGUCACAGAUACCCAUAGAAAUAUCCAGAUUCUUCAAGAUUAUAGUCUCAAUACUAUCACAGUAUUAAGACUUUGGAAGGUAGGUGCUCUUAUAAUAAAAUACCAAUAUAAUUAAAAAAACACCAAAACAAAACGUACGUACAAGUCACUUGCACUUGCAGUCACUUUCCACUCCAUCUUCCAGUUCAUGUCAAUACAACAACAGGAGAGGACCCUUAAUACAUCCAGUUUAUGAUUUACAAGUAAAGAUGACUUCCUUUUCACUUUCACAUCAGGUCAGUUAAUAAGCUUAAUGCUUUCCUCAACUGGGCAAUUAAACUGCAGCUAGAAUAGGGAUUUCAGAAACAUAGUUUCAGUCAAAAAAGGGUGAAAAAUUGUUAGGGAAAGAACAGUUUUAGCUCAAAAAUUAGCUUCUCAAUUAUCUGUGUUGACUUUGUCUUAAUUACAAGGAAGAUUCAGGGUGCAUUUAUGUAAAAUCACUUAGUCACACACCUUAAGGAUAUGUCUAGAAUGCUCCCUAAUCAACAAACAACAUUAUUUACUCAAGCUUUUGUUGGUCAUUAGUUCAGAACCUGUUAAUGCCUUGGUUAACAUCUCCUGUCUUCUCAACUCUUCCAUCCGCAUCAUUUAUCCUAUGUCAACAUCUAAACUUGAUCAUUUUAGAAUGAACUGCGUGUCUGUUAAAAAAAUCAUUAUUUCAGUGAGUUAUUUUUAAUUCUUUAGGACAUUUGAGUGUCCUAAAAUCUGUUUUGUUUUUUUUUUUUUUUUUCUUUUCUGAACCUAGUAUAUUGAUUUCCUAUGUUGAGGACUAGAAUUUCUUGUUGUUACUAGAGGAGCAAUAAUGGACCUAUUUUCUAAGCUCUAGGUGCUUUAAAACAUAAAUUACAGAGACAUCUUUAAUUGUGGAAAAAAGAUACAUAUUAGAAGUCAACAUUUCAGAUACCUUUUUGUGGUAACAAGAGACUACAUUUUCAAAGAAAGUGAUAUUAAACUUAUUUGAAAUGGGCAGUAUUAAAUUUCAGUUUCAUGUUAGACACACCAACUUUAAAAGCUGUAGUGUACCUAUCUGCUCUGUAGAAACAACAGAGGCAUACCCUAUGCUAAAACCACAACUGUAACGAGAACAAGAGCUGCUAGAAUCAUAGCACUUUUCCAUCUUAAAAUUGUAGUCUUAUAAUCAAGCUGACAAAAAGCAACGUAGUUAUGUGAGAUCACAUACUAUGUUUAUACCAGCAAAUGUCUUUCUAAAACUUUUUAAUUUCCUGUAUUUCACAAUGUUUGCAACAGGUUGUAUCUGAACUCUUAGCUUGAAAGUAGGUUUUAAAAGCCUGACGAGUGCAGUUCCCCUCUAAAUGAGAAUGUGCCUUUUGGUUGUAUGAUAGGCAAGUCUGUCUUGGGACUGGGAGAUGCAGCCACUAACGGGCUAGGAAGGAUCUAGUGUCUCUGAGCUGUUUUCCCUCCUGUUCAACCUCUUGCCCUUUAAGAAAAAAAGCAGUUAACUCAUUUAUUCAUAACCAUUAUCUGUGUCAUCAUGACAUGAUAGAAGAAUCAUCUAAAGCCCUCAGAAAUUACCCUUCCUUUAAGAGCUUGUUCAGUUGAACUGGAGGGGUAGUAGACUCAAUAUUAACAGGGAGCAGAAUCUGUAACUACAGAAUUUUUCAUUUGGCCCAGGACAGCUCAUUUAAUUAUCCAGUGUACACCAGAAAAGGCCAAGUUAAGGCUGCCUCUCUGCUUCACAGUUACCUGGUUAUACAUACCUUUUUGGUGAAGAAAAUCGUACUUCCAGCAGGUACCACCGAGUGGUUCCGUAGACCAGGGCGGGCAGGUAUGUUCUGUCAUCUCUGGGCUGUGGUUUAGGGAAGGAGGCUGACCUACGUGCAGUUGGGUAUUGCCUGAAAUGACAAAGGGUUAUUAUCUGUGCACAGCUGUUAAAACUUAGGUAGUCCACAUCCUCAUAUUCCCAUUGAACAUGAGCAUUAUGGUCUCUGUAUCAUAAUGUUUCUGUAUAUAUGCGAUUUCACAGACCAAAUGCCAUCACGCCCACACUUAGCAGCCAUGAGGCCUACUCUUCAAGAUAUGCACAGCCUUUACAGUUUGGUUUCAUCAGGUUCCUCAAGUACUCUCUGCUACUCAAAAUCAGGACUUCCAUGCUCCUGAGCAUAGCUGAUAAAGAAACCUGAUUCUUUAUCCUCUGCUGUAAUUUUCACUUUAGCACUCUUCUAUCACCUUAAUAAUUCCCCAGAUUCUUGAAGGGAAAGAAUUAUCAUCUGUGACAUAUCCUCCGAACCAAUUUAAUUGAAGCCAUGCUCAACAAAUUAGUUCAAUGCUUGCUGAAUUCAACAAAUGUCUCAAGCUGGUCAUACAGUCCGUGAGAAUGGAAGGACACAGCAGGAUGGUGGGUCAGCAGACAAACCGAUGAAAUAUAUAAAUAUAUAGAUAUAUAUGCAAAGUAUAUAUGUAUGUUGCACACACAUUGCUAAUUUAAAAGGUGUGUCUAACAGUAAAUCUGUAAGCAUCAGCACUUUAAAGAUGCUUCAGAUACCAUUCUGCCUUUAAAAUGUCCUUGCAAUACACACAUCUUAUUAUGUAGUAAACAUACUUAAUGCAAUUUGUUAACAGAUACUUGAUGCUAACCCCCAAGAAAUCUGGGCACUAAUCCCACCAAAGGUUGCUUAAUCCACUCUUGUUCACUACUAAAAAUCAGCAUGAUUUCUCCCUGGUAUAAAGUAAAGCAGCUAAGGGUUUUCUGAAGCAGGGCCUGCGUAUACCAAAUUAAGGCAAAUCAGGUUAAGGUGAAAUCCUUCAAGUUCUUAAUUACACUAGAGCAGCACAAAACACACGUUCACACCACUGGUACUAUCGUGAAAGGUGCAAAGGGUGUCAGGGUUCCAGGGUGCGCCAGCACCCCGCACCGCCCUGCUCCUGACUCUGCAAACAUUUACACAAGCUAUCCGUUGAAAUCACAAGUGGUUGUACAAGAGCGCGGAACAGAACUCCGUUCGUGUACAUAAAAGUUACUCGUGUGUGCACUGUCGUCAAAUGAAGGACCCGGGUAAGACUUGGCAGCUGCUUUGGAUAAUGUACGAGGAGCAGCCAGCAGAGGGUAACAAGUAUGUUUGUCUCAAAACCAUGACAUUACAGUGACUUACUUUCCUGGAAAUAAAAGAUCAGCACAAGUCAUUAAAUUAACUUUUAAAAAUACUUUAUUUUUUUAAAACCAUUAAGGCAAAACCAUAUUUCAAAUUAACUGUGUUUACAUUCAGUCUUAAAGGAUGACUUUUUUUUUUUUUUUUUUAAAGUACAUAGGUUCCUACCAGUCUCUAUACAAACACUAUAAAUUCAACCUCUUAUUUUUAAAGGAGAUGGGGAAAAAAAAAAUCAGAAUGUAAAAGAGAAAAAUGUUUAGUUCAAGUUUUUUCAUCCUAGAUCAGUAGGCUGGUAACAUUUGAGAAUGCAUCAUCAUAUUUAGAUAUAUGUAAUUUUUACAUUCACGAGUGCAAGAGACUUUGUCUUUCCUAUAAACCCCUGUGAGACCGGGACUUCCAUUCUUUCUUGAAAAUGUCAUGUGCACUGUUCUGACAGAAAGAAACUUGGGAACUUGGCUUGAAUUAGUGGUUUUUUUUUUUUUUUUUACUAGGAAACAAGCAUUCCAUGAGAAUUAGUUUGGCUACUCCCUGCAAGAAAUGGCUGCUCUAAGUUCCAUAUUUACUGUAAUAAAAUGUACCUAAAAACUCCUAAAGACGUGGGUGACUGGAAACAACUAUCUGGGUUUUUUUUUGUCUUUAAUACUGAUAUCUUUACUAUUGAUAUCCUGAUUUAAUUAAACACUUGCCAAGUGAUUAGGGUUUGGCAACAUGAACAAAAAUGUGCUUUUUUUUUGUGUCAGAUCAGAUAACAAACAAUUUGAGACGUGAUAAAGGGUUUUAACAUCGUGAUGUAAUUAAAUUGCUACGUUACAUUCCUAAAGAAAAUUCAGAGCAAUUGUCUGUGAAAGCUGUGAAGUAGCAGGAGCAAUGUGAAACGCAGCUGAUCUGAGAAGCUGAAAAAACAGACUUUGUCAAGCAGUUAAGAGGGGCGUUCUUGUUAAAAUCCGUAAUAUUAAAGCGUUGGUUAGAUCUGUUACUACUAAAGAAAUAAACGAAAGCCAUCAGUGCACUUCCACCUCUGAAACCAGAAUAAAGCGUUGGUGGCUGCAGA